GUUACGGUUCUGCCUUGGAAUAUAACAAAAUGGAUAGAUUUAAAUUGCAUUCGGUUGUAUCAUUACGGUUAGUACAAGCGAGCGUAAUCACACGAUUAGGUUAUUUUAAAUCCGUUGAUCAAAGCUUUACCAAACCGUGAAUGACACAGCGGUGGCGUAUUCUCAACCAACCUCACGGAUUCCCUGCGCAACAAGUUGACAAGCGGCCAGUGCUGCUUGUCUCGCCGCAUGUCUCUUUGCUUCAGAUUGUGUCAUUUUUCGCAAUUCUAAUUCUUUUUUCCCCCAUGGACAUUUCGCUAUAGCUACUUUGCGCCAUGUGAAGCUGUGGCUGGUACCAAUUCAACCUUGUGGAGGACAUGACAGUUACUUCGGCUGAAUAAAAUAAGACGACUGGCCUACCUGUGCAGCGGUACGUUGCGGAAGGUUAUUCGUAAAGGCAAAGAUUGCCCAAGUCAGAGUGAGAGGACUCCAUACAAGGAGCCAAGAGGUCCGUUUGGAUUCGUAUUCCACAGAUGGUUUUCUUGCCCAACACCAUGACGGAACACCAGGAGCAGAAUGACGAGGGAGUCCUCAUCUCAACACAGGACCUGGAGACCUCAAAACACCAGGAUACUCAAGGAGGCCAUCCACAAUUCAGGUUGAUUGACGACCUAUCAUAUGAAGAUGUGAAGAAAUGCUACAGGGGUUCGUCUGUGUCUUGCAGUGGGGUCCGCCACGCCGUCGAUGUGUGUGUGUGUGUGUGCGGCUGUGUGUGCGGCUCCAGCAUGCUGAGUCUGGUGCAGCAGAACUCUCGUCCUCUGAGAGAGAGGGCGGCCGCCGGUUUGCCGGUGCCGGUGGGAGGGAGGCCAGCCAAGGAACUGCUCAUGACUCUGCCCUGUCCCUCUGCUCAGACUGUCAGCAAGUACAACUCGCAGUACCACAAACUCUUCCAGUGCGUUCCGAAGGACGAGAUCCUAAUGAAAGUAUACUCCUGCGCUCUGCUCCGAGACAUCCUGCUGCAAGGACGUCUUUAUAUCUCCAGGAACUGGCUGUGUUUCUAUGCCAACCUCUUUGGCAAGGACAUCAAGGUUGCUAUCCCCGUGGUCUCUGUGAGGCUGGUAAAGAAGCACAAAACAGCAGGUCUGGUGCCCAACGGCCUAGCCAUCACCACAGAUACCAGUCAGAAGUAUGUCUUUGUGUCUCUGCUGUCCAGGGACAGUGUGUAUGAUGUGCUCCGGAGGAUCUGCACACACCUUCAGGUCAAUGGGAAGAGUCUGAGCUUGAAACACUACAUGGAGGUUCCCCAUACCUUAUCUCUGGAUGAAUUCCCGGUGGCGGAUGAGUUCCCAGGGGCGGAUGAGUAUCCUCCGGUGCUGAAGUGGAGGAGAAAACCCUCUGUGGUGUCCGUGUCUUCGUCCCUCCCUGACCUCCUGGGUAGCUCCACCGGUGGCCUGACUGUGGUGGACUCCUCCUUCCAGACAGACCAGCCUCUGGAAGACCGGGGCUUAGAGACAGAGAAGAUCCAACUAACAGAGCCUGUUCCAGAGCUGGGCCCGAUGGAAUAUCAGCUUCUCAAGUUCUUCAUCAUACUAAUCAUCCUCCUCAUCCUGUCUUCCUGUUACCUGGCCUUCCGUGUCUGCAGCCUGGAGCACCAGCUGUCCUUCCUCAACAACCCAACACGCCCCCCCCGAGAGAGGUAAGUGCUGCUCUGCACUGUGAUCCAAUACCACUUGACCGUCUCCCUUUACGGACACAUUCCUCUCUGACCACCUCCAGACUAUGCAAACAGACUAUUUAUUUUUCAGGAUUUUACUUCACUGUAGACUAGAAGAGGGCAAACCCCCAACUCCACCAUUUUGUUGUAGGUCAAAGACAAUGGCAGGUGAAAGACAAUGAGCAGGCCGAUUGAAGAGCCAGAAAACUACACUCAAACCAAUUGUGGAUGGACUGAAAAGCCCGGGAUUGGUGGAAAUGGCUGGGAGUCAGGACUGGGAAGGACUCUGAUUGGUGGAGGGAUUGGUCUGAUGGUUUUAAUUGAAGAUUUCAUGGCCAUGUUCGCCAACAUUAGAGUCAACUGUGUGUUUUUUUUCCUCCUGUCAACUCAACCAGGAAUGAACUACAGGACUUCAGAGAAAAGUCAAAACCAGUCAUCUUUCAGAAAUAUAUAUAUAUAUGGUACUUUCAAGGAAAGUAUUUGGAUGCAUUAACACUGACAGUGGAAGAAGCCAAUAUCGUUGGCUUUACAGAAUUGAAAGAAAAUGCCUAUAUGGACUUAUGAGGAUCAGUCUACUAUUUCAAAUGUUAAUCGUCAUCAAUGAAGUCUAACUAUGUUGCCAUUCUAACAGGCAUGUUAUUCCUGGUAAACGGUGCAAUACAAUUAUGCAAAGUAUCCAGCCUAGACCGACUUUUUAAAUGUUGAAAUAUUGUCCUUUAACUCUGUUUGUGUUAUCAUGACACCACAGGUAUAUGUUUACCAUAAUGGGUAGGAUGGUACUCUUUCAUGUCUGAAAAAUAUAGUUUAGUAUAACAUCUUGUCCUUUGUUUUAAUUUGUAUAAAUGCCAGUUGUCAGCUUUGUCUUGUAAGCUACCUUUAGCCAGACACAAUGUGUCACAGUGAGUGAUCAAUCUCCGAUCUAAAUACUGAACACAGUCGUCUGAAUGACUAAACAAUGAAGACAUUGACUGAAGUGAAAAAUAAGAAGAGUAUGUUUUCUUUAUUACACUGUAAACUUAAAAGUUCAAUCUGCAUUUCAGUCGGGAAGAAAACUAGCCAAAGAUUUAUAGUCCUUUUACUCAGAAUGUCUGAACAGAUGCAUUAGGAACAAACACACCCCACUUUGACUAUUACUUAUUAUUAUUAUCUGGUCUGUUUUGGGUCUAAACACAUCUGCAGCUAUGUAAUAGUGGUCACUGAUCUUCAGUCAAUGGUGAAAGAACAAACUGUCCCUGUAGACUCUGAGAAGAGAUGAACCCUGAACAACCCAUUACAAGACUAACACUGUACAACAUAACUGUGAAGGUUACUAAUAAACAGCCAUUUGAUCUUGA